GAGUCACUUUGUUCCACGCACGCGCAAUAAGUGAUUUUGAAGUUACGCCCUUAUGUAGUGUUGACGCGGCAUUCGUAGGGGAUACACGUUAGAUUCGUGACAGAACUCGAGAUUUUAACCUACAAAAUCGACGACACUGAAUUCUGUAACCGUCGGUUGUGUUAACAUGAAUGGAUAAUGCGGUGUGGCUCAUACGUCUGGCGGUUCAGUUUAGAGUUUCUCAGUUCAAUGCUUGUGUUUGUUUGUGUGAUACAAAACGAUGUGUUUUAUAAUGGACGGGAGAAGUUUACUCGAGUUUACGAUUUGGACGAGGUUGGGUGUAACAAGGACGGGAAUUAGAAAAUAAAAUUUUACCAAGUGUCUAGAUGUCCAAGUGUAAAUAUUUAAUUAAAAAAAUAUUGUUAGUUAGAAAAUAAAACAUGUGCAUAGUCAAGUGUGUACAGAGGACAUUGGUUGCCUUCAUUCUCCUGGCCGUCACUACAUCGCCGUCGGCAACUCAAAAUACAAUGAUUUCAGGAAGCCCGCUGUCAUCUGUAACUGGGACAGUGACUCGCGUGUCGGCCGUCGUGGGAGGGGUGGCGGAGCUGCCUUGCGACUCGCGGCCGCCACAACGGAAUGACAGCUUACUAUUAGUUGUUUGGUAUCGAGACGACAACCCUGUGUACAGUUACGAUACGAGAGUAGAAGGACCAACCGCACAUUGGACAGAUGACGCGUUCGCCAAGCGAACUCUGUGGCAGAGCUCUCCGCACUCCGCUCUGCGCGUGCGCGACGUGCAAGCCCGCGAUCGUGCCACCUACAGAUGUCGUGUCGACUUCCAGGUGUCACCCACAAGAAAUUAUUUGAUCGCGCUCGAUGUUAUUGAGCUUCCAAGUAAGCCGGUGAUCUUUGAUGAAUACGGCAAAGAGAUAUCCGGCAUCGCAGGUCCUUACAACGAAGGAGGAGAUUUCAAGCUUAUUUGUUCUGUAAAUGGGGGUAAUCCAACACCAAGAGUGCAGUGGCAUCAAGGAGACACGAUCCUGUCCACAUUAAGUGCCGGUGAUCUCCAACCUUCUGGACUCACCAGAUCCUUAACUUUAGUUGUCAGAAAUGCCUCUAGAGUUCAUCAAUCAUCAGUAUACACGUGUACUGCUGAUAAUACCUUACUAGCACCGCCUCAGAAAGUUACAGUACGAGUUAAUCUUUACUUGAGGCCACUCACCGUGGAAAUAUUGUCACGGGAGCAACCUUUGUCGGUUGGUAGGAAGACUGAGCUACUAUGCAGGUCGACUGGUGCGCGACCACCUGCGAUAGUCACGUGGUGGUUGAAAGGAAAGCAGCUAAACUCAAUCACUAAACACAGGGAGUUAGACGACGGUAAUGAAACCCAAUCAAUACUUCAAUGGACUCCAUUAAAAGAACAUAACGGUCAAGUCCUCACUUGUAGAGCGGAGCAUUCUAAGUUCAACCAAUCCACGAUAGAGAGUAAACUGCCGCUGAACAUUUACUAUGUACCGGUGGCAGUAAUACAUUUAGGUGCUAAAAUGAACCCUAACGACAUAGAGGAAGGCGAUGACGUAUACUUCGGAUGCGACGUUGAUGCUAAUCCCCCCGCCUACAAAGUCAUAUGGGAACACAAUGGUGUUCUGCUACAGCACAAUCCAGCAGGUGGAGUGAUCCUGACUGGAAAUACGAAUCUUGCACUCCGAAACGUUUCAAGACACCAAGCGGGGAAAUACUCGUGCACGGCUUCCAACGUCGAAGGCGAUGGGAAGUCACCGCCAUUGCAUAUGCAAGUUGUUUAUAAACCGAUAUGUCGGAAAAGAGAAAUACGAAUGAUCGGCGCCGCGCUACAGGAGCCAUCCAGUGUGGUGUGUGAAGUUGACGCUUUCCCACCACCUGAUACAUUUGAAUGGACCCUCAAUAACUCAGCUGGCUCUAUAAAAGUUGAUCCCCUACGUUUCACGGUAGAAGCCUACGAGGGGCGGUCCAUACUUUCUUACACUCCAGUUUCUGACGUCGACUACGGAACUCUGUCCUGUCGAGCGACUAAUUUGGCCGGACAACAAACGUCACCUUGUGUAUACACUUUGAUGCCAGCUACCAGACCCGACCCGCCGACAAACUGUACAGUGUACAAUCUUACCGAUGACUCGUUAGAUCUUAUGUGUCUUGCUGGUUACGAAGGUGGUCUUCAGUCUGUCUACAUAGCUGAAGUCUGGGGCAAUGAAGGCUUAGUGGUAAAUUCGAGUAAUGCUGUAGCAUCAUGGAAUCUCCGGAGGCUUGGAGCGAAGAGACAAUUAAAAUUGGUAAUCUACGCUGCAAAUGCUAGAGGAAGGUCGGAACACGUAACAUUUACAGUGGAAACUGCGCCCAGAUUAUCACCAAGAACAGAAGCUCAAGAGGCCUGGGAAGUGAAUUGGGCGAUAGGUGGCGUUUUAGGCGCCGCAUUGACGGUCGCCAUCAUUUUAUGUCUCGCCCUUAUCGCCACAAGAAUACGGCACAGAUCAAGGGACUACGAAGUAACAAUGCCAUCGAGCAAGAACCAAAAAACAACUUUGCCGAAACGGAGCUCGCCUCACGGACCGGAUGAGAGAAACCCUGACCUAAUACCCCUAAGUAAAGGCAUCUUGGACUGUCAACCUGAGCCACCGCUAUACGCAGCGGUCGCCGCCGCGCCUAAGAACUCAAACAGCGCGCACAGCUUACCUCGCACUCAGUCGCCGAGCACGCCCACUUCGCCACACGCUCAGUACACUGAUUCACAGAGUGAUUCGGGCCGCAGCGUGGUAAACGGUACUAUGAGAUCACACCGUGAAGUUGUCACAACAAGAACACCUUUAUUGGCAGCUCAUCAAGAGAGUUGUGUUUAAGAGAAAAUAUUUUUUGUUUUUAGCAAAUACACUACUUGUAAUAUUUGUCAUGUCUUAAUAUAGAUAUUGAGGUGGCAAGUCAAGGUAAUAUUGAAUUUAAUAGUAAAUUUAUCUCAUUGGCUUGCUGUCGCCAAUUGAAAGUGCAAGUUAGCUUCUAUCAUGAGAAUCAAUAUAUUGAGUAGAACCAACAUCAAUAUCGUCAAAAUAUACAAAUAUAUAUAUAUAUAUAUAUAUAUAUAUAUAUAUAUAUAUAUAUAUACAAAGUAUACUUGUUAGGGUUGUCACAAAAUUCACAUUUAACAAAAUAUUUGAAUAAACGACGCGUAUGCUCUCUGUACGAUAUUUGAUGUCCUAAUUUUACUGUUUACAUCAAGCCAAGAAUGUACUUCUGUAUGUAUGUAUUAUUAUUGAAUGCACAAGAGUGUCGGUUCUACCCGGAUAUUUAUUCUUAUAUAUCUAUGUUUAGUAAUCAUUUAUUUUGUGGUUAUUGCGGUUAUGUUAAUUUUCGUUAUGGAAUUCAAUAAAUGAUUAUAAAUUUACAUGAAACAACUUUAUUAUACUCACAACAUUGAAUUUUUUAUUGUAAUAUUUAUAUUAUUACAGAAUUGUAAUGAAAUCAUUAUUAUGAUCAUUAGAAACCAUCUAUCUUUUGCACAAUCGAACAACCAAUCAUAGCUUAUGGUGUCUUGUUACUGGUCAAACUCUCUCAACUGCUAUCAUUACACACAAUCUCUGGGUAAGCCGUACCAGCUUUGGAACUAGUCAAGAUCGUCUCUUCAAUCUAUACGAAGUCUUCUAUGAUAUCUUUAUUGGUUUUUUCAUUCAAAGAGUCAUUAAAUACAGAUCAUCUUUUGCUACAUAUAAUAUAUCUCUGUCAAAUUUCGCUACAAAUCUGAUCUUGCGCCACUUGGUAUGGUAUGGUAUGAUAUAGAGAGGGUUGUUCUACACUACGUUUUUAUGCAAGUGAUCACCAAUCGAUAAUAUUUAAAUUAUGAAUUUUUUUUAAUACUACAUCAGACACACUGCUUACCAAGUAACAUAAGCAUAGAGAAUUGAUCGUCUCAAAAUUUAGUUCUUUGACUACUAACAUAAUGCGCUCAUAUAUACAGGACAUCUUCGUAGUCUCUUCAGGUCUUCCUAAGAUGGUCUAUUUAAAAUAAAACAUGAAGUUAUAUACCGAUAAUAAUUUAAAUAGUAUAUUUUAAUUGCAAGAAAUACAAACACACGAAUAUAAAAUUAAUUGUCUUUUUAAUACAAACAGCGUAAUAUUAAAAUUCAACGAUAUUAAAUUCCAGAGUAAAAUUUAGAUUUAGUUGAUUCAACUAAUAAUCAUAAGUAAAUUUCACAAUAAAUUUUGUUUAAAUUUUUCUUAACUAAAUCCAUUUUAUAUUAGGCUAUAAUAAUUAUUUAUUGUAUACACUUUCUUACUUAUUUCCGCGGGGUAUUUUUUCUGAAUUUAUUUGUAGAUAAUUAUAGCGUAUUUUAAAGUACUUUCUCCUUUUCGCAGUCCGUAUAGCUUCAUAUAGUUUAUUACAUGACUAAAAAAUUUUCGAAAAAAAAUAUGCAAGACGUUUCGCGACAUAUAGGCUUAUGUUAAAGAAAUUAAACGAGAUUUUUUUACAAUAUGUAUAUUAGCAGAUCAGUGAUUAAAAAUCUUAAAGUAAAUAAAACUCAGUUGCGAUAAGUUAUUGAUCUUAAAAUUUUAAUUACAUUUAUUUGCGUAAUAUAUAGACGGAUAUAAGGACAAUGACUGAUAAAUGAUGAAAUUGUAAAUAAGAUAUUCCUUAGAAAUUACGAAAUAAUCAUGUUAUAAGAUUAGGUAGGUACUCUUUAAGAGAAUAAGAGAAAAACUCAUUAACUGAACGGGCUCUAAGCUAAGUAUAGUUUAUUAGAGUAAACUUUAUGAAAUGUAAAAAUCGUUUCUCCCCCCCCCCCCCCAUUCUUUAAUUAUUAUUUUAAUAUUAUUAUUUUUUAUUCUCAUCGCACAAUCGAUAGAAUAUUGUAAUUCUUGUACAGAUAAUUAUUGUAAAUGUAAAAAUAAAUUUUAUUAUCACAGUUAUAAUAAUUGUUACUAAUUUAAUAAAUUAAAUAGAUAAAUUAAAUUAUUGUUAUUUAUUUUUGUUUAUGUAAAGAACGUAAGUAACGAUGCAUGCAUCCACAGUAUUAGUUGAAACGAGGUUUAAAUAUAUUUACUUAUUAUUUUUUAUAUACCUAAUGAUGUCAAAGUAAAUAGAUACAUUUUUCAGAACUGACUUCUUAGCAGAUAUCAAUAUUUCAUUUCAGUGAAUUAAAAAUGUAUUUAAAUAUUUUAUUGAUACACUGUAUUUAUUAGAUAUAAUCUUCAAUAAUAUUACUAAAUAUUAUUUUUAGCAAUUGUUUUUAAUUUGUCAUUUAUUUUACUUCGAUUAUAAUUACUUUUGAAAGUGUAAAUAUGCGAUUGAUAAUGAUUGUAUGUAUAAAAGCUUAAUUAUUAAGCGUAAAAAAUUUGACAUGGACUGUUGUAUGAAUCAAAAAUAAAAAAAAAAAGGCACGAUUUGUUUGCAUGAACGUCUAAAUCAAUUGCUCAUUAAUAUUUAUGAAUUUAAUCUUUACGAUGCACGGAGUUAUUAUAAUAAAAACUAUUGAGAUAUUAAACAAAGCAAAAAUCAUUUUUUUAUUACAUGUGAUUCAAUAAAAUAUCGAAAUUUAA